GUGAGAUGGGAGAGUACAGCGAGACUGGCGAGAGAGCCCGUACAAGCCAGUAGAGGAGAGGGAUGGUGAUGUGCCGAAAAAGAGAGGGAGUGAUUUCUGCGGAACUGCGGUGUGCAUGCCUCUGUCAGCAGCCCCAAGCCUCUAGGACACAGUAGUGGAUUACAAACCGGCGUGCUUUGAGCCGGGGAGCCGAAGCGCUUUCGGGAUACAGUCUUGCCCGCAGUCGCUUGCGAAGAACAGACCUUUUUUUUUCUUUUCCCUCAUCUUGCACAUAGCUAUGCUCCUUACAGGAGUAAAUGAAUGAAGAACCUCUUUGUCUUGCAGUAGAAUUUCUGUAGAAGUACAGUACCUCCGCUAUCUAUGUGAUUGCUGCAACUGAAUUUUUAUUUUUAGGCUUCUUUUUUGUUUUUGUUCUUGGAACUACUGGGAAGGACAACGCACGGUAAUCAACUUGUGGAUUUCUGCCGUAUCCUUUUCCCUCUCUGUCUUGAUUUCGCGUGGGGGGGGGAGGAGGAGGAGGGGGGUGUCUCGAAAUGCCACUGAAAUGCUGAAAGCUUCGCUGCAAGGAGAACUGGAGAGAAUUUGGGGGGAAAUUGUUGUCGGAUGUCCUCCUUGAUGGAUGCUCUCUGUCACGGCUUGAGAAGACCGGGGGAAGAAGACGCGGAGCUAUAAAUAUGACUGCUGUAAAUGCUAAAGCAUGCACAGAUUUGGAAAUCAACAACUGAGGGGGAAAUAAAUCGACUGACAGAAACUCCGGUUACGAAGGGACCACGCUUAUUACUGUACGGGAAAAAUGGAGUUCGUCUUAUUUUCAGAGAGGCUCUCCGAUUCCCAAGUAAGAGGGAUGCAACGAUCGCUAAAUAUAGAAAAUAAUUAAAAAAAUAUUAUUUUUUACAAAAGCCGGUUUAUAGUUCGUCUCAACGACCAGCCAAAGAAUACAUACGCACUCAGCAGGCAGCAUCAAAAAGGAAAAUAAGAAUCUGGAAAUCCGCACUGGGCUGUGAGUGGAAAUCUAAUCAGAAUCCUUAGGGUACUAGUGUUGGAAAAAAGUUCUAUCGGGAAGAAAACAGAACAUAAAUCAACACACUUUGAAAGGAUGUACUGCUCGGGACUAUAAUGGAGAAUCACAGAAAAUCAUUUUUUGUUUGUUUGGUAUGACAUAUGGUCAAAAUAUAAACAAAUUACUGAGCAAGCGUCUUUUUAUUAGAUUAUGAUGGAUAAUCUUUGGCGAGAAAAGGGAUUCAUUCUUGAAAAAAAUCGCCCUAAACUGAAAACAGGAUAAAAAAACAGUACAGGGUGCCUUUUUUAAAAAAAAACCUGAACGUCAGUUUAAAGGAAGUACCAGCGGCUAUCCCGUAGUUUUCUUGAAUUUGUGCUGUGAAAUGAGGAGAUUAAGUCAGCACAUACCAAAACAAAUAAAAACAGUUGCACGCAUUUAAUUGCCAGAAAACUUAAAUACAUGUAUUUCUUUAUUCGUUAAGAACCGGAGACGCUGUGCGCUGUAUUUCCCUGGAUCCUCUGAAAUUGAUUGAAAAUUGCAGAUGGAUUUUUGUUCCAAUAGUCUUGGGGGAGGGGGGUCGUUGAAGCGGAGACCACGGAUUUCUCGUUUUGAUUUCGAGUAAAAUCAUCAAGGUAGGAGAAAAGGGUGGCCAGCUGCCGAAAUGGAAUGCGAACACAAGUGACUACAAGUGAGCUGGCAGGAAUGAAAUGAACGAAUAAUCCUUCAGUGUGAAAACAGGUGAGGUGCAGAAUGGCAAGGACAGAUAACUGCGAAGAGGACUGGGCCUGAAGGGGGGGACAGUCGUCCGGAAGCAACAACACCUCUAAUGGCGACAUAUAGAGUAAUCUGUGCUUCCUCCUGCUGUCAUUGGUGACAAAUGCAUAACGGAUUGCCCAUUCUACAGGAUCCCAAAGAGAGGACCACCAGCCAAUAAAUUAUGAAUGUUGAACAAGAUGACAUCGUACCUGCAGCAGACGAUGAGAGGUCCUAGGUGGAACAGGGCCCUGUCCGACCCUUUGUUUGUUCUGCUGUUGGCUCUUCAGCUGCUGGUGGUUGCUGGCUUGGUGAGAGCCCAGACCUGCCCAUCCGUGUGCUCCUGCAGCAACCAGUUUAGCAAAGUGAUCUGUACAAGAAGAGGCCUGAGGGAAGUGCCCGACGGCAUCUCUACCAACACCCGCUAUCUCAACCUGCAGGAGAAUCAGAUCCAGGUCAUCAAGGUAGACAGCUUCAAGCAUCUCCGCCACCUGGAAAUCUUGCAGCUCAGCAAAAACCACAUCCGCAAUAUUGAGAUUGGGGCCUUCAAUGGCCUGGCCAGCCUCAAUACCUUGGAGCUCUUUGACAACCGGUUAACCACCAUCCCCAAUGGGGCUUUUGAGUACCUCUCCAAGCUGAAGGAGCUCUGGCUGAGGAACAAUCCCAUCGAGAGUAUCCCAUCCUAUGCCUUCAACCGGGUGCCUUCCCUGAGGAGGCUAGACCUGGGGGAGCUUAAGCGCCUCUCCUAUAUCUCUGAGGGGGCCUUUGAAGGCCUCAGCAAUCUCCGCUAUUUAAACUUGGGCAUGUGCAACCUCAAGGAGAUCCCCAACCUCAUCCCCCUACUUAAGCUUGACGAGCUGGAAUUGUCAGGGAACCAGCUGUCCGUUAUUCGCCCAGGUUCUUUCAAAGGGCUGAUCCACUUGCAGAAGCUGUGGAUGAUGCAUGCUCAGAUCCAAUCCAUUGAGCGGAAUUCAUUUGAUGACUUGCAGUCCCUGGUGGAGCUCAACUUGGCUCACAAUAAUUUGACACUUCUGCCCCAUGAUCUAUUUACUCCCUUGCACCACUUGGAAAGGGUUCACCUGCACCACAACCCUUGGAACUGCAACUGUGACAUCCUCUGGCUUAGCUGGUGGCUGAAGGAGAUGGUUCCAGCCAACACUAGCUGUUGUGCCCGCUGCCACUCUCCCUCCAGUCUCAAAGGGCGUUACAUUGGAGAGCUGGACCAGAAUUUCUUCACUUGCUAUGCUCCAGUUAUCGUGGAGCCCCCUGCGGACUUAAACGUCACAGAGGGCAUGGCAGCAGAGCUGAAAUGUAGGGCAUCCACCUCGUUGACUUCGGUCAGUUGGAUCACUCCCAAUGGGACCAUAAUGACUCAUGGAGCUUACAAGGUGCGGAUCUCUGUCCUCAAUGAUGGCACGUUAAACUUCACUAACGUUACCGUGCAGGACACUGGUACAUAUACCUGCAUGGUGAGCAACUCAGCGGGAAACACAACAGCUUCAGCAACACUUAACGUGUCAGCCACAGAAAACAGCACCUUUAGCUAUUUCACCACAGUCACGGUGGAAACUAUUGAGCCUUCACAAGAUGAGGGCAGGACCACAGAGCAAAAUGUAGGGCCCACAGCCACUAGUGGCUGGGAGGUCCCAUUCACAACCACACCGCUGACAAGCACCAAAUCUACGGAGAAGACUUUCACCAUCCCAGUGACAGAGAUGGGGGAAGGCAGCCUGAAUGGGCUGGACGAGGUGAUGAAGACCACCAAGAUUAUCAUUGGCUGUUUUGUGGCCAUCACCUUGAUGGCUGCAGUCAUGCUCAUCAUUUUCUACAAAAUGCGCAAGCAGCACCAUCGGCAGAACCAUCAUGCCCCAACCAGGACAAUUGAGAUCAUCAAUGUGGACGAAGAGAUCACAGGGGGACCUGGCCUGGACAGCCACUUGACCUUGCCAGCCCUGGAGCACGAGCAUCUCAACCACUAUAACUCCUUUAAGACUCCUUUUAACCACAACUCCUUACAGAGCUCUGCGCAUGAACCUUUGCUAAUUCGGGCAAACUCGAAAGACAACGUACAAGAGACUCAAAUCUAACUUCUUUCAUAAUAAAACAAAGAAAAAAAAUAAUAAAAAUAAAACAUUAAAAUAAAAACAGUUGGACAUGCAGUGGGUGAUAAAAUUUAUCAGUGACAUCAAGAACUAGGGUAUGUCUACUGUUUCAAAAAGUGUCUUUACAAAACAAAGUUUAUUUAUUAAAAAUCUAUUGUGAUUAAAUCAAGAAAAUGAUCAUGUAUUCUGCAAAAACCCAUCGUUAUGUUGUUGCACUUAAUUCAUUCUUGUUUUUUGUUUUUGUUUUUUCCCAUGGGGAAGGAAUGGUUUACUAAGAUUGCAGACUCCUGUUUUAAUCAAUCUGCUUUUAGGAGCACAUCUUAGUUUGAUGCACUCCUAAAAAAUAAAGGACAAUUCAAUGCAAUUUUGAAGACUGUGUUUUCAGCGGAUACUAAUCUGACAUUAAAAGGCAAUAAAAUUACCUUUCCCCUUAAAAAAGAAAAGGAAUUGCUAAACUUUUGUUUAUUGAUAAAAACAAAAUAUUGACAGUGACAAUAUAUAUUGUCUUAAUUGUACAUGGUAGAUGGUCUAAUUUUUAUAUCCAUUUGCAAAGAAUAUGAAUACUGCUGAUAAAAUUGAGGCUUUAAGUGAUAUAACGAUCUUACUAUUUCAACAGCAGAAGAAAUUUUCCCAAAAUAGUUUGGUGAAUAAGCCUAAUAAGAUGAAUUAUGAAAUGGAACUGAAAAAUACAUGGAAUUAAACAAAAUGGACCUUUGCAUUGAAAUAAAACCUACAUUUAUACUGGUGAUUUCAUUUUUGGUCAUUAAAAUGUAACAUUCUAUUUUAUCUUUAUCUAAGUUUCAAGGGCUGAUUUAGAUCAGAGGAGAAUGUCCAAUCCAUGUCAUCCUGCCUCACCAAGGCUUAAUGCCAGACUGCUAAAGGUGCAUUUAUUUAAAAAUUGAAACUGCAUUUUAUUUUUAUUAGACAUCCAACAGAUUUGAAAUAGCCCUGUGUCUUUGCAUACAUAUACUCAUAUGACUACAUGAGCAAACUAAGAACGAUUAGGCAGAGUUCUCUAACCUGACCAUCCAUCAAGCCAUUCAUCUUUUGGCACAUUACAAGUUCUGCUAUUUUAGAUGAGAAGUUUAGCACUGUCUGAAGGAGUGGUGCGUCACUGACAUCACUGCAAGUCUCCAGGUACUCAUGAAGUUGCAGGGCCCCUGAUUCAUAGGAUCUCAAAGAACCAGCUUACUUAUUCCAGCCCCUCGCCUGGAAGUUAUAAGCUGUUUGCCAGUGUUUGGGAAUCCCAGUCACAGUCAUCUAGUGACACGACUCUAACUCUAGUUCUGACUCAUGACACCACAGCUAUGGAGCUCAACCUGUAUUCGGAAGUAGAAAGUGUACUGCUAAACCACUUGGUGACACAAAGCUACAUUUUUAACCUUGCAGAGUUUCAUGUAAUCUCUCUCUCUCCUCACAGAAGGCAAUGCUGGUGUAGAUGCUUAGUUCAUUUGCUCACUUGCAUUCACCCCUGUGUUAAUAUUCACCAGAUAACUCUUCUAAGUGUGAUGAGCAAUGCCAUCUGCAAUGUCACCAUCUGCAAAGAUGUGAAAUUGAAGUUUAAUUUUCCUGAUAAGACCUUAACUAGGUAACUUUUACAACAUCACAUUCACCAGAGCACUGUGGGAGAUUUCUUCUCUUAUCUUUUAUUUUUUAUACUUGCUAUGAUGAACCUUAGCACUUUCAUGUUUUUUUUUCUAUGCUUUGUGAAACCAAAUGCAAAUUAAGUAGUGUAUCUGUCCUUUAAGGAGACAGGCCAGUUCCUCUUCACAGAUGGGUGCCCAAGCAUUGCACUUUAUACAGCAUGUAUUCUACCUGUACAAUUCAGCAGUGACAUCCAGAGGGUAUUAGAGAGUAUACCUGCCCUGUGUGCUGCAGGUCUUGGGUUUCCUUGUGUUUCUGUUGUGAACUGUUUCAGAGGGAAAUGCAAUAAAUGUAACCAUACACACAAUACUUUUUAGAGAAACUGCUUAAUAUAACCUUUCUCUGGAAUUGGUGUUUUUGACUCCCCAAGCAAACCAGCUGCAAAGUGGCACAAGCACUGUAUUUUCCAAAGGUCAUGAUUGUGUCAUGUGGUUAUUUCAAUUAUCAUGCAGUAGUUGAAUGAAAGCAACACCUUUAAAGUUUUUUGGCUAGUCAUCGGAUAAGUCCUGCUUGAAAAACAAGCUUACUUGAAUCAUUAUAUUUAACUAGAUAAGCCAUCUGAGAAUGACAUCAUACAGUAUGUGGAAUAACAACUUAGAGUACAAGAGUACCUAUUUCUGCAGCAGGGCAUUUACUGGAGCAAACUGAGUGAAGUACCUUGCUCAAGGGUACAACAACAGUGUUCCACCUGGGAUUUGAACCCACAACCCUCUAGUCUGGAGUCCGAAGCCCCUAACCACUGUUCCUCACUGCUGCCAUAAAUCAUCCUGAAAACCAAUGACCUUCAGCAUUGACAGCACGGAGCAAAAACUGCUCCCAUUAUUUCUCCCUAAUUGAAUUUUCUUACUUUUGAAGUUUAAACUGAGCUUGAGUUCAUUAACAGCAGAAAUGGUGUGUGGUAUUAGGCAGAAUUCAUAAUGCUGGGAACCACCCAAUCCCUACAGAAGAUUGUUUUUAACAUAUGCUCUACAUGUUGUUUACCUGAAAUAUUGAUCAGGAAACCUUUCACAAAUGUUCAGCUAUGUAAAUCUAGAAUGAUUCAUAGUAUGAUUCUAACUUUUUCAUGCAGACUUCAUUAAUUCUAUUACAAUUAUCUUUACUAAAAGUCUACCUUUAAGUAUCAAGAAAAACAAUUUUCACAAGGCAGCACAUUCAGUGCUAUUUUUAUUUCGUUUUAUUGAAUAGUGAAAUUAGAAUAUGAAAUUUAGUCAUGAUAAAUGAAGGCAAGGUGGCAUGUCAUUAGCACUACUGUCUCUGGGUCUUGAGUUCGACACCAGCCUGGGCCAUUGGUGUUACCUCCUUUGGGAUUUUUCUGGGUGAUUUGGUUCUCUUCCACACAGGAUAUAGUAUGUUGUUUAUUUUAUUUAAGGUUUUUAAAUUGGUCAUGUUUGCUUAUAUGCGUGUGACAUAUAAUGAACUGAUAUUUUGUCUAGGGUGCUGUCCUGCCUUGUGCAAUAUGCUUACCAGAUAAUCUUUGGGUUGCUAUAACCCUUAUCAGAAAUAAGUAUUUUUCAGAUAAUGAAUAGAUUAAUAGAUGAAAGCACGCAAUUUAUGGUACCACUUUUUAAAUUAUAGAUAAACACCCUUAAUACUUAGUGAAGGGUCCAGGAACAGUACCUGAUCUACAGUUGCUUCUUUUGGGUUCUGAAGAUUCUGCUAGCAUUAAUUUAAUCAGUUGUUAAUUGCCCUAAGGAUGUUACUGAUUCAUCUCUUUGUCCUUUUCACACAACAUCUAAGGUGUUGGUGUACUGAGAGGGGGGGUAACCGCUACAAAUUACAUGCUUAUAAAUUACUUAAACUUUGAUUACCCAUAGCUAGGAUCAACCACCACACAUUACUUAACCCAUAAGUGCAAAAAAAUACUGUUGCUCAUAGUUAUUCUAGAGAGAUGCACAGAGUACAUAAUUCAGCUGUAGAAUAAUAAAAGGUACUUAUUAUAACACAUGUACAGUAUAUCUGCUUUUGGCAAUGGGCAUUCCUUUUUCAUGUUGAUUUGGCUUGGCCAGGUUCAUAUUGGUUUAUAAUUUCAUUUUGAAUUACUGCUGUGUGGAUUUAUGGUGUUUUAUUUUCACCUUAGUGAUUUUAUCAAGAAAGAGCAUUUGUUAACACUUCAUACAAGCUGUUAUCAUCUCAUACCAUCACACAGAUAAUCUUUGUGUUAGUCACUCAAUCUAUGGCUGUGAAAAGCACACAAAGAGUGCUACAGUAUGUAACAUAGUUGCAUAACCACAAUAGAACAUUGGCUUAUCCUACCUCCAACAAUGUCCUUUGGAACCACUUUUAUACUUGACAAAAUGGAGUGAGAUUUCUGCAGAACAAAUGCAUAGCUCCCUGCUCAAUUUAAACUAGGAAUGCAUGAUGUGUUUUAGGAAAUGAUAUGUGGAACGGGACCAUUUUUGUCAUUUAAUUCCAGAAAAAGAAAAAAAAAGUUUCAGUUCACCACUUCAAACAUGAAAUUAAUUUAUGUGACUUGAUGUUAACGAUACUUCACCUCCAUGCAUUAAUAGCUGAAUUAAAGAAAAUAAACACUCAAGGCAGUGAUCACACCAAGUAGAAACUAGAGCGAGACAAAAAGAAGAAUGUGUUUAAAAAGACAAGACUGUUCGCUUAAAUUCCUCAAAGGCUAAAACCUUAAUUUUCACCAAUAGUUUAUAUUGUAAUAUACUUUAAUGUGUGCAAUGGAUACAUUUUAAAAAAAGUAUAUGAAUAUUGCAUUUUAUAUAAAUGUUAAAUGUGAUAUGUUUUUUACAACCUAUGUGGAAGAAUUAUUUUUAUUGCAUAUCGUAUUAAAAAAGCCUGCUGCCUCCAUAUACUGAUUGUUGUUUCUUUUCUUAUUAUUCUUAUUGAAUAAUCUUUUUUGGGGGGAUUACAGUACCCUUCAACUGUUUCAAUGGCAAGUUGGGACUUAGACGCUUUAUUAGUUAUCCAUUUGCAUGUACAGUACUUUGGUUAGACCUCCAUCCUUGAAUGAGAGUCCCAUCGACACCAGCAAAGUACACAAAACUGAGCUCAGGUUCAUUUUCAUCACAAGAGGAGCCUCUAUGAGGUCUGCUGUCUUGACUGAAGGGUGAUUUCUUUUUCUUUUCCUGGUCCUUUAAAGCAAAGGUUACAUGGAGUUUGCCUCUCUUGUAAGCCAUUACUUCCUAUUUUCAUGUUUGUAUUUCAUUUCAUGUUGUUGGGGAGGGAGGGGGUUGUCAAAAAUCCUCCACAUUUUGGAGGAACAGGUCUACCAUGUCUUUUUAUGUUAUAGUUCAACUUUUGGGAUUUUUAUGGUGAAUUCUAGUGCUGAAAUAUUGCUCUAUUUUGUCUCCUUAUGUAAAACAAAAUUAACCUCGGGUGUGGGGUGGGUAAAGAAUGUUUUAAUUUCUUUCUGACAGGGAAUGCUGUACUAGCAGUAGAUUUAUAUAAAACAUUUUGAAAAAAAAUAUGAAAAACAUUUUUUUUGUUUUUAAUUUUACAUGUGCCAACCUGUUCUAAAAACAUGCUGUGAAAGAAUAAGAAAUUGAUUUUCAUGUAAACAUACAAACAUGACAUUAAAAAAUAUAUAGAUACCAGAGUUUGUAGUUCAUACACAAAAAUAAGGUUAU